CAACCACAGCAUUGUGAACUACACAACUUUUUAAGAAAAUUGAAUCUUUAUAGGCCAAUUGUAUGAGAAGAAAACCAUGACUUUGGUGCACAUGGGUACAUAUAGAUUCCAUCCCCUGCUUAUAUAAAUGUACAUCACCCCCUUCUUCCAUAUCCAUCUCACAAGAGUUCCAAGAACAAUAGAAAUUAAACACAGAAAAAUGAAGAUGACAUUGGUAGCAUUGGUCCUAGUGGUUGCCUUGAGCACAAAGGCACUACUAGGGGAAGCAGGUCCUGCACCAGACCAAGUUGUGGACAAAUCAGGGAAGAAGGUGCGAGCUGGUGACUAUUACUACAUUGUUCCAGCAUCCUCUGACGUAGGUGGCCUUAAUCUCUCAACCACAGGUCAAGAUUGCCCUCUUGAUCUUGUAGUUGUUGAUGGUUACCAAGGCCUGCAAUUUAUGUUUCUACCUGUUAAUGAGAAGAAAGGUGUUAUUCGCGUUUCCACUGAUCUCAACAUUUUAUUCGCCACCUACACAGCUUGUCCAGAUUCCACUGUGUGGAAGCUUAAGGACUAUGAUUAUUCAUCAUCACAUUGGUUUGUCACAACUGGUGGCGCUUUGGGCAAUCCUGGCCCUCAAACCAUCGAAAGUUGGUUCAAGAUUGAGAAGUACGAGGAUGCUUACAAGAUGGUUUAUUGUCCAAGUGUGUGCAAUUAUUGCAAUUAUCCAUGCAGUGAUCUUGGGAUAUAUCAGGACCAAUAUGGCAAGCGUUUGGCUCUAACUUCUGAACCAUACAAAGUGCAGUUCCAGAAGGCUCAAUAAACAUUGAAAUCCAAAUCUUAAGAAGUGUAAUGCACCACUUGCACUUUUCAAACAAUAUUAUUCUCAAGUUGAGUUCCAUGUACUGAACUAUACAUUAUGAAUAAACAAGGUGUCUUCUA